UACUGGGUGAUCAUCCAUCCUAUUGAUCACAGUGAGACCCUAGCAAUUUCCUCAGCUCUUGCAUCAUUUGCUCCUGCCAUAAAACAGUGGGCUUAAUGCGCAUGCGCCAUUGGAUUUGUGCGUCGUCGCGCCCUCUCCAUUGGCUAGCGGCGCCCCCUCUGCGCUCAGCCUUUACAGCCGACCACCCCGUCUGUGAGCACUCUACCCACGCUGCGUGGAACCGCUCGGAAAAAAAAAAAGAUGGAGAAAAAGAGCGAGAUCAACGGGCACGCCAUGCCCAGCUCCGCGUCCACCGCCCGGAUGCUGGAGAACAGCGAGGAGCCCGUUGAGGAGGACCAGCAGCAGCAGCAGGAGGAGAAGAAGAAGAAGCGGGGCUGCAAGGAGAGGUUGACGCGGUUCCUGAGCAGGAACCUGCUGGUGAUCCUCACCGUGUCCGGCGUCCUGGUGGGCGUCGGGCUCGGCAUGCUGGUCCGCGGCAUGAACCUGAGCAAAGCGCAGAUGAGCCACUUCGCCUUCCCCGGAGAGAUGCUGCUGCGGAUGCUGAAGAUGAUCAUCCUGCCGCUGGUGGUCUGCAGCCUGGUGUCCGGCGCCGCCAGCCUGGACACCCGCUCCCUGGGCAAGCUGGGCGGCAUCGCGGUCGCCUACUUCCUAGUGACCACGUUGAUCGCCUCCGGGAUCGGGGUUGCGCUGGCCUUCAUCAUUAAACCGGGGGUGGGCGCCGGAGCCCUGAACACCAACAGCCUGGGUCUGGAGAGCGUCAGCAGCAACAAGGAGACCACAGACUCCUUCCUGGAUCUGGCCAGGAAUUUGUUUCCAUCGAACCUGGUGGCAGCUGCUUUCCGUUCUUAUGCCACAGACUACAAAAUGGUCGCUGUGGGAAACGACACCAAUGGAACAAUUCUGUAUCAAAAGGUGCCGAUUGGAACUGAAGCCGAUGGUAUGAACAUCCUUGGUCUGGUGCUGUUUGCUAUGAUGUUUGGCGUUGCCCUUCGGAUACUUGGAGAGGAAGGAGAAGAACUCAUUCGCUUCUUCAACGCCUUCAACGAAGCCACUAUGGUGCUGGUGUCCUGGAUCAUGUGGUAUAUUCCCUUUGGCAUCAUGUUUCUUGUGGGGAGUAAGAUCAUAGAAAUGGAAGAUGUGGUUCUUCUGGUCACAAGCUUGGGGAAAUACAUUUUUGCUUCCAUCCUGGGCCACAUCAUCCAUGGAGGCAUCGUUCUUCCCCUCAUCUACUUUGCCUUCACCCGAAAGAACCCCUUCAGCUUCCUUUCGGGCCUCAUCACACCCUUCACCACCGCCUUCGCCACCUGCUCCAGUUCUGCAACUCUUCCCUCAAUGAUAAAGUGUGUGGAAGAAAACAACGGUGUGGACAAGCGCAUUAGCCGCUUCAUCCUACCCAUUGGAGCGACGGUGAACAUGGAUGGAGCAGCCAUUUUCCAGUGCAUUGCUGCCGUCUUCAUCGCACAGCUCAACAACACUGAACUGAACGCUGGACAGAUCUUCACCAUUUUGGUAACGGCCACAGCCUCCAGUGUUGGCGCUGCAGGCAUCCCGGCUGGUGGCAUCAUCACCAUCGCCAUCAUCCUGGAGGCCAUCGGCCUGCCGACCAAUGAUCUGUCCCUCAUGCUGGCCGUCGACUGGAUUGUUGAUCGUACCACCACCGUGGUGAACGUGGAGGGCGACGCUCUGGGUGCAGGAAUCCUCCACCACAUCAACCAGCUGGAGAUGAAAAAGCACCAGCAGGAAGUAGCGGAGGAGCUGGAGGAAGUCAAGGUUGAAUCCGUGGCAAACGUUCAGGCGGAGGAGGAGACGUCGCCGCUCGUCAUGCACCAAACCAAAAUCCUGGAGGGAAUGCCCGAAGCCAUCGAGUCUGUCCUGUGAACCCAGGCAGACUUCUGUCUGACCGUCUGACCUGAGAUUUGUGAUGUUGCUGCUGAUCGGGCACCAGUGCGACCCGAUGUCCUUUAAAAAAAACAAAAAUAAAACAAACAAAAAAAAAAAAACAAGAAGGAAAGUUUGCAACUUUGAAGGUAAAACGAAAAAGUCAUCAAGAGUCUGUCUGCAGUGCAUCCAGGAUUCUAAUUCAGGAGAGUACAUAAUGCAAUUCAGACAUAUUUUUCUAAUUAAAUACUCAACAUAAGCGGUUAGUGGUUUCAUUUUUGUUUUAGUUUUUUGCUCGUAUUAACUCUAAAAUAGGCCAGAAACAUUCCGACAGAUGUUCAAGAUUUGCUUGCUUCACUUACAGUAGCUCUCAAAAGUCCACAAAGCCAUAUUAAAAUGCUUAGUUUGUUCAAUUUAAACUCUUUAAUGUGUCACUUAAAAGCUAUUCCCACAUGAAGUGCAAAAUAUCCUGUUCAAUCUAUGUAGAAACCAAAAUAUUAUGAGUAAAUAAUAUAAAAAAAACAAAAACUGCAAUAAUCUGGUUGCAUAAAUGUGCACACCCUGAAACUUUUGAUUCAGUUAAUUAUAGUGAAACUGAAAUAAAGUCCUGCUAGCUUUUCUGACAUUAGCCCAUUUUCAUCCUUUAGCUAAAGCCACAGUUUGCAGAGAGGUUACAAAGCAUCAAACCGAUUUUAUGGGACCAAGGUAUCAGUCAGGAGAAGUGUAUAAAAAAGCCACGGUGUUAAAUAUUUGCACACUGUGUCCCUAACUGGCAGAAGAUGUUUUGGUUUGAUGAAACAACCACGAAAAUUUGGAAAGGAGGUCUACAAUAUACAGUUAGCACAAAAAAUGGAUUAGCUUGAGCCAAACAUGGUGGUGGUAGCAUCAUGGCUCGGGAUUACUUUUUUUUCUUUGUAAUUGAGUUACAUCUUAGCUUAAUCAGCAAAAAUAUGACUCAAAAUUGAAGGACUGGUUUAAGGUGUUCAAACAAAUGCAACUGGAUUAUUGUGCCUUGUAUUUCUUUUCUUUUAACAGAUUUGUUUGUUUUACAGCCAAUUGUACAGUAUUUGUGCCACAUUAACACACAAACUUUGCAUUUUAACAUGGAUGUGGAUGUUUUUAAGAGCCACUGCAGAGUAAAGACAGAAACAGCUGUUAAUGUUCUGUUUUCUGAACAUUAUGAAUUUCUUUAUUUGUAUUUACCAUCAAAAAGAAGAAUGCAGAACCACAUUAAAGGAAUAGCUAUCAAAUUAUCAACAUUGUUUUGAGUAAAUGAUACAUUCCAUCGCUUGAUCAUGUCUGAUGGAAACGGGGAUGAUAGUCGCUAUUUCAGGUGAAAAUAACAGAUUUUUUUUUGUUUCGUAAUUAGAUGGAAUUGAAUUUGCAGCUGAAUUUGGCUCAAAAUCCUGAAAAGUAAUUUUUUUUCCCCUACAAUGUUAUAUUACAUUUGGGUGUGUGUUGGCAAAUAUUGGGCCUAUAUUUUGGUUAUGCUUCAUGCUACAUUAUGAGUCAAACAUUGGCUAAAUAUGGUGGGAAAGAUCACUUAAAUCCCCCUGAAUGCUCAAUGUUGAGCAAAUAGAAGAUUGGAUUGUUAACAAAGCUUUGGUUUUAUUACAGAAGCUUUUAGCUGCCAGAGCUAGGAAAUAAAUUCCAGAGCACAGUCUCACUAAACAUUCACCUACCUCACCUUAAUGACAUAAAAAUAUGUUUCUUUGACAAAUUACAACUUGCUAAAAGGGCAAAAAGAGGCUCCAACUCUAACUGGUUCUAAAAAGAGAUAUGUAAAUAUCUUGUUUAAAUGAGAAAGUUUCUAGUUUUAAAGAGUUUUUUUUAUUUUUAUCUCGUUACAAGAGUUUUUUUGACUUGGCAAGAUGCUGCACCUGAAUUUAUUUUCUAGCUUUGGCAGUGAAGGUCUUCCGUAUUUUCCAGAUAUGUGAAACCAUGGGAAAAAGUGAUCUGAUCCUUGCUCCCUAUUUUCAAGUUGAUUUCUCAAUUUUUUAGGAGGUUUAAAAAAACAACACUAACACCUCAACUACUUUAAAGCUCGGCUAGCUCACCAAGCUAGCUAGCUCAGCUAGCCUAGUAUCGCAGCAAACUAACGUUAGCUGCUUUUUAAUAAGUUAUCAGUCUAAUUUUCUUUUCAGACUUGAUCUUUAAAUUUAUUUGUUAUAAUGCAUUUUAUCUGUAUUGCUAAAAGCUUUUGGAAAGUAUGUUGGCAACAAAUUUGCAAAGUGUGCUAGCUAACUAACCUGCUAAAGCAGUGCUAACAUUCACCUAACGGUUAGUUUAGGUUAGCAUUCAUCUUUUAGCUGAAGUUUGUUUAGUCAGACUGCCUUAGUUAACAGACUUUAUGUUAAAAUAAUUUGUAAGCAUAACUAAAAAUGAGAUUUUUAUUUAAUAAGACAUUAAUUAAUGUCUAAGGGUCAUUACUGUAGCAGCUAAAUCAAAUGGAUUUUACUGUAAUUGUUCACUUUUUGCCAAAAAACCUGACACUUGUGAAAACACUAAAACUACGAAAAUGGCCCCUGUUAUGGCCACCCUGAUGUAUUUAAAUCUGGGUGCCAUUUGUUAUGUAAUUCUACUUCCUGGUUACACAGAAAACUAGACAGAGCACUGCAAAAACAAAAACAUAAGGACUGGAUGUAAAUUUUGACAAUACUUACAUGUUUGCUGACUGUGUUUAAACACUAAUGUACACUACAUAGUUAUUCAAAAGCAGUUAUAAGUGAAAACAUGUUUAUUUGGCAGCCAUUUUUAAAGUCAAUAUGGCAGCGAUAAUGGCAUCAAGGGCCAGAAGUGAAAAAAUUCUGCACAUAAGUUAAAUAUGUAAUAAUUUCUUCUGAAGAUAUACAUUAAGUGAUCUAAUGAUUUAAAUAUUUCAUUAAAUAAAAACGAUUAAAUGCUGAACACGUUCAUUAAAUUAAUUUAAUGAAUGUAUAAAUAUUGCAGCAUUUAUUCUUUUUUCUAGUCAUUUUCAGUAAGAAAAUUCCACUAUUGAGUACACAAAUAAGUAGUGACAAAUACUUAUUUAAAUUAUUUAAAUAAGUAUGGAAAUCCUUACAUCAACAAAUACUGAAAUAAUUGUUUUUACAUUAUCAUUUCAGAUUUUAAUUUUCUACAUUUAAUUAUUUGUUUUAAUAAAUUGAAACAUUUAAGUAAUUACAUAUUGCUUAUUCAAUAUAUUAUAGUUUAAUUUAAAUUCUUACAAGUGUAAAAGUUAUUUGGCAAAUUUGUGGCACUUUUGGUAAAAGACAAUAAAAUUAUAGGGAUCAAAAUAGAUGUGAAAUUCAGAUUUUAGCUUAAAGUGAGCAAUGUUUAUCUUUACAGCUCUCCACUACAUAAUUAAAUAAAAAUAAAAAAGCUGAAUUUCUACUAAUUAUCAAAAACCUCUGUGAAAUUUGUAGCGCUGUUUAUUCUUUCCAACACAUGCUGACAGGAUCUCGUCUGACGUCAAGCUAAUUAUCGGUGCAGCUUGUUUUGUUUGGCGUCACGAAAGCACUCCAGUCUGAAAGUCAAACAUUUCACUCACAUAAAAUAAAUGGUGGCUGGUUUGAAAAUAUGUUACAGUAAAAUAAAAGGUUCUCCCUCUGUUUACACUCUAAUGCUGGACCAAAAUGCAUGAUGAAUGCGCCGUAAUUUACAUAAUUAUUAUUAUGUUUUUGUUUAUUAUUUUAUCUUUUUGUGCUGUUAAACUACACUGGAAGUCAUAGGAUGCUAUAGUAAUAUUUGUCUGGUUUUAAAACCAAACAUGAUGGCAAAAAUAUGGUUCGUGUUACAUAAUCCUAUAAUGUCACUUUUACCAACUUUGGUUAAUAUUGGUUGUAUGACGGAGUAUUAGGGCCGCACUAAGAAAAGUAACAUUGUGAGAAUAGAGUCAUAAUAUUAGGAGAAUAAGGUUGAAAUAAUACGAGAAUAAAGUUGUAGUAUCAUGAGAAUAGUUAUAAUAUUACAAUUUUAUUCUUGUAUUAUUUUAACUUUAUUCGGUUGACUUUAUUACAGUAAAACUUUAAUCUUUAUUCUCGUAAUAUUAUAAGUUUGUUCUCGUAACUUUAUUCAUUUUCCUUAUCCUCGCCCUGAUUCUCCGUCGUACGGUUGAAAAGUGAGCUUGUCUGUUUUCUUCUUGCAUAUUUUAUUACUUUGCCUGUUGAUCCUUCUUUAAAUGAAAAUCAGUCCCUGUUGUUGACAUUGUUGCUCCUUUUUUAAAACUUAGCUCUUUGAGCCCCAUGUUUCUGCACGGUGUGCUCUUUUCAUUUUUGGAUUAUUUUGGGGGGAAUAAUCUGGUGCUGUUGUCGUUUGUGCCAAAUCUACAAUCUCUCUUUGAAAGCUGCAACUUGACCAAUAAGCCCCUGCCUCCCUCUAGUGGCUGUAAUGUGAAAAUGCUAUAAAAAUACUGUGGUGCAAAGCAACGCUUCCUAUUUAUUCAUGUUAUUUAACACUAAGAAGCGGAAGGUGAUUCUGAUCCAGUGCUUGCUCAUGUGAUAUGUAUUCUGUGAAAACCACUGCAGUGUGAGGGUUUAUUUUUGUUUUUGUGGUCUCUUGGGAAUGUGGAAAUUCAGUAAAGAUGUCACAAAUAUCUGCUUUAAUUAAAAAAAGGAAGAAAAGUUUCAGUCAUUAGACAUAUCAGAUUAAUUAACCUCACUCUGAGUUGUACGACUAUGUGGUACAUGGAAUUUAUAUCCAUAUAUAUAUAUAUAUUUGAUAAUUUAUUGUGAUUUGUUUAACUUUUAUGAAUCAUUUUUACUUGUUUUUUUAACACUAUACACUUUCCCCCUCAGUUUUCAAUGUUUCUACCAUAAGAACACACUUUAUAGCCUGAAUCCUGUCAAACAGAAUGCAAGUAAUUUUUGCUCUUAUUUUUAGUGCUUAAAAUGACUGCUGUUACCUGUGACAUGUCUGUGUCUAACAUUGUACAGCUGUUUGCUGUUAGUCCUGCUGCCUGUCUUCAUUAAAGAUGUUUUCUUUUUUGUUUUUGA